GAGGGGUGGCCGUGGGGCUGAGGCGCUGUCGGGGGCGUCUUGUAGGACUUGAGGUGAUCGGGGUGGCCCCUUAGAAGGAAGGGGUCGGCGGGUGACUGUGGGUCCGGAGGGGUCUCCAGGAGAGGGGCGCUCCAGAGGUUGGGCUGGGGGGCUCGGUGCCCUCGGGGUAACGCGGCGGAGCGGGGGGCUCGGAGCCGCCGCUGCUUCCCUCCCCGGGGCCUGCGGGCCCGUCCCGCCGGGGGAGCAUGGCCUGGGCGCUGAAGCUGCCGCUGGCCGACGAGGUGAUCGAGUCCGGACUGGUGCAGGACUUCGACGCCAGCCUUUCGGGCAUCGGGCAGGAGCUGGGAGCGGGGGCCUACAGCAUGAGUGAUGUCCUUGCCCUGCCCAUCUUCAAGCAGGAAGAGUCAAGUUUGCCUCCUGAAAACGAGAACAAAAUUCUGCCUUUCCAGUAUGUGCUGUGUGCUGCCACCUCCCCUGCUGUCAAGCUCCAUGAUGAAACACUCACCUAUCUCAACCAAGGACAGUCCUAUGAAAUCCGGAUGCUGGACAACAGGAAAAUUGGGGAGCUGCCAGAGAUUAAUGGGAAACUGGUAAAGAGCAUAUUCCGGGUGGUGUUCCACGACCGGCGGCUGCAGUACACAGAGCAUCAGCAGCUGGAGGGCUGGAGGUGGAACAGGCCUGGGGACAGGAUCCUGGACAUAGAUAUCCCAAUGUCUGUGGGCAUCAUUGGACCCGAGCAAAACCCAACCCAGCUCAACACAGUGGAGUUCCUAUGGGAUCCUUCAAAGAGGACUUCUGUGUUUAUUCAGGUUCACUGUAUCAGCACAGAGUUCACCAUGAGGAAGCAUGGGGGAGAGAAGGGGGUUCCCUUCCGUGUCCAGAUAGAUACAUUCAAGGAGAAUGAAAAUGGGGAGUACACAGAGCACCUGCACUCUGCCAGCUGCCAGAUCAAGGUCUUCAAGCCCAAAGGAGCUGAUCGGAAGCAGAAGACAGACAGGGAAAAGAUGGAGAAGAGAACACCUCAUGAGAAAGAGAAAUACCAACCUUCCUAUGAAACCACCAUCCUCACCGAGUGCUCUCCCUGGCCAGAGAUUACAUACGUCAAUAACUCUCCAUCUCCUGGCUUCAACAGUUCCCACAGCAGCUUUUCCAUUGGGGAAGGCAAUGGCUCUCCAAACCAUCAGCCUGAGCCACCCCCUCCGAUCACAGAUAACCUCUUGCCCACCAGCACACCCCAGGAGGCUCAGCAGUGGCUCCACCGAAACCGUUUCUCCACUUUUUCUCGGCUUUUCAGGAAUUUUUCAGGUGCAGAUUUACUGAAGCUGACCAGAGAAGAUGUUAUCCAGAUCUGUGGCCCUGCAGAUGGCAUUCGGCUCUUCAAUGCAUUAAAAGGAAGGAUGGUGAGGCCCAGACUGAAUUAUGUGUGUCAGGAAUCCCAGCAGCUGAGGGACCUCCAGCAGAAACAGGAGGAUGUGGACACAGUAACCAGCACUUUUUUUGUGUACCAUGCAAUUUAUCUGGAGGAAUUGACAGCACUGGAACUGACAGAAAAGCUGGCCCAGCUCUUCAGCAUCUCCUCCCAACAGAUCAGCCAGAUUUACAAGCAAGGUCCAACAGGGAUCCACGUGCUGAUCAGUGAUGAGAUGAUACAGAACUUCCAAGAUGAAUCCUGUUUCGUUCUGGACACCAUGAAAGCUGAAACCAAUGACAGCUACCACAUCAUCUUAAAAUAGGAGCAGAGGGAUGAGGAGUGCCCAUGAUGCUCUCACCACACCUGCAGAUCCAUCACUUCAGCACGAGGACACAAGCAGAGAUCUGGAAACUCCUUGGCACCCUCUGGAGAGACCCAGGACUGGGGUACACUCAGCUCUUUCCUGCAGGGGAAUCUCCUUGCUCUGAUGGCAUCUAAAAGGCCUUUGAGGCUAAAAUGCUGCUUAAUUGCUGGAGCUCUGAGCCUGAAGUUAUCAGCUCCUGGUGCUCUUGAGGAGAAAUUUGCCACUGGGACCCCCAGCCCUGCUUAGGGCUUUUUCCAUGGCAGAUGUGCUCUGCUUGUCUGAGAGGCAUCAGCUCCCCUGGCUCUUGUGGACUGGCAAAAAAAGAUAAAUCAGACUGGCCCAGCAAAAGCCAAGUGGCCUCUGGGCAUGUUGAGUCUCUGAGCCCCUGUGCUCUGUGCUGCUGGAGUGGCAGGGCAGGGCUGAGAGGGGUUUUCUGCAAAGAUUUUAUUAAGCUUCCAUUUCAUAUUGCAGCACAUCUGUUAGACAAAGGAAAUGACUUUGGUUUUCUCCUCUCCACCCACAAAAAAAAAGCAGUGUGUGUGUGCAGGGGGGGCUGUGGUGCCUCCUUCCCUCCCCAGUGGAAGGCUGGAAGGAUUUUUUUUUAUACAAGUUUAGUUGGACAAGGCUGGAUCAGAGUGUGGAGUGGAGCUGGAUAAAGGAAUAGCUGCCUAGGUUGGUCUGGGGGAUUCUUUUCUGCAUAUUUUAGGGAGAAAACAAAAAAAAAAAAAGACAACUCUGCUCAGAAUUUGGGGCAGUAGUUACCUGCUGCCCUUGUUUUCUCCCCCUACACCAUGGGGCAGCUUUGUGUCCACUGAGCAAAUCAAGAGGUUAUUGAGAGCUGCUGGAUUUGAGGGUGACAAAAACUCCUCUGUGGAGCUUUCCAGGCCAGCAGUGAAGUCUCUGGAGUGAAGGAUUCUCCCUGGUGUGGUGGAAAAUCCAAUUCCCUAUCCCUAAAAUCCUCCAGCAGAGACUGAGAUGCUUGGGGUAACACCACCCUCUCACCAUCAGCACUCCCCAAGGACAUUUGGAGCUGAAAAAUGGGGAAAAAACACAAUUAAAGCAGGUUUUAUUUUUAUAACAGGCUGUGACAAGACCCAGCCCAAGGCAGCUCAGGCUGGGGAGGGCUGGUGGGGUCAGAGGGGGCACUGCUGGGUGUGAAAAUCCCAACAGCCCCAUCCUGCCACUACCUGACAGCUCCUCUUCUGGCUGCAGAACCCAUAAAAAAUCCUGUCCCCAUUU